GUACUCGGGUCAUUCUAACCACUCCCUUCAGUUACACCUAACCUUUCUGGUGACCCAACCACUGGUUAUUCCCAUCUCCUUUCCUUUUGGUUCCCUUCGGGCAGAGUAUAAUUUCAUCCGAGCUGGUUUCAUCUCUUCAUCCCUGCCUCCCUGCGCCAUGGAUCCUGACACCGAAAUCCAAUUCGAGUUCAUAAUUCGCCAGUACAAGAGCGGCCGCAUCGAGCGUCUCUUCUCCCCUGACAAAAUCCCCCCUGCCAUCGACCCUGAAACAGGCGUCACAUCCAAAGACGUCGUCAUCGACCAGGAAACUGGCGCUUCCGUCCGCCUCUUCCUCCCCAAACUCGAUGACACUACUCCGAAGAAGCUCCCGAUCUACGUCUACUUCCACGGCGGAGGCUUCGUCAUCGGCUCCGCCUUCGAUUUCCUCACCCACAACUACCUCACUCCCCUGGUGGCCAAAGCCAAUGUCAUCGCCGUCUCGGUGGACUACCGCCUGGCCCCCGAGCACCCACUGCCUAUAGCCUACGAGGACACCUGGGCGGCUUUCAAGUGGGUGGUGUCCCACGCUGCGGGCGGUGGCGCUGAGUCGUGGCUGGCCGAGCAUGGAGAUUUUGGGCGCAUUUUUUUGGACGGCUGCAGCGCGGGGGGGAACAUAGCCCAUCACAUGGCGAUGCGCGCUGGCGCAGCGGAUUUCGGACCUGGGGUGAGGAUACGAGGGAUGGUAUUGGUCCACCCCUACUUCGCGAGGGGAGAACCAUAUCCUUCGGAGUUGGUGGAUAAGGGGUUGAAGGAGAAGAUGGAUGGGCUGUGGUUCUUGGCUUGUCCGGGGACGGUUGGGAUGGACGACCCGCUGGUGAACCCGCUGGCGGAGGCGGCGCCGAGCCUGAAGGGAUUGGGGUGCGAGAAGGUACUGGUGUGCGUGGCGGAGAAGGAUGUUUUGAAGGACAGCGGGAGGGCGUACUACGAAGGGGUGAAGAAGAGUGGAUGGGGAGGGGAUGUGGAGUGGUUGGAGUCCGAGGGGGAGGGGCAUGGGUUCCAUGUGGUGAAGUUGAACUCUGAGAAAGCUUUGGAGCUGAUGGAACGUACGGUGAAGUUCAUCAAUGGCAGCUGAAGACAUUUUGGAUGCUGGAAAAGGGCUGGUGGUGGAAAUGGAGAGGGGGAGGGAUAUGGUGACUCCAUUGAUGGGAACUGUUAGAUGGUUAAAUAGCUUCCAGCGUCAAAAGGGAAGCUCUUAAUUUCUAUCGCGCUUCUGGAAUUGGGGAAAUGAUUCCCAUGACAGAGAGUUGCCUAUUCUUAGAUGGGAAAAUAAGACUGAACAGUGCUGUUGAUCAUCUCUUCCGUUCAAUUCAGUCAGUGGACUAGAUUUCCUAUUUUCAAUUUGCCUGAAGAUGGCGUGUUCUAUGUUUUAUCUUCUUGUCUGUGAGUUUUCUUCUGAAUAAAAAAAAUAUGCGAUGACUUUUUAUAUCAA